AUGCUUAAUGAAUCAGAUUUUGAGGAUUCCGAUUAUAUGAUGGAAGAACAAGAUUCGGAGGAUGAUAGGAUUGAUUGGUCAUUGUUCGAGAGUAAUGUUGAUAUAAAUGAGUUUAAUGAAAAUCAAAGUGUCGUGGUGCACCAAAAUUCCGAAGAUGACAUGUCAUUUGGUGAUUCUCAAGAAAAAGAUUUAACCAUGUUUGUUGAAUCCGAUGUUGAUGAAAUGGAAUUGUAUGCCAUUUAUGAUCCAGCGUCAAAGUAUGAUCCAACUUUUAGUCUUGGAAUGAUUUUUAGCUCUAAAAAAGAAUUUAAGGAGGCGGUCCAGAAUCACGGUAUCAAGACAAUGAGAAGUUUGAAAUUUGUCAAGAAUGAUAAAAGAAGAGUUUAUGUCCGAUAUGCUGUUGAGAACUGCAAUUGGAAAAUGAAUGUGUUAAAGGUGAAUGAUCAAGCAUCUUUUCAACUAAGGACAUAUAAUUGCAAUCAUGAUUGUAUGUGCGACUUAAAUGUGAAGAAUGUGAAGUCGACAUGGCUUGCAAGGAAGUAUGAGUCGUUGUUUCGAUCAGAUCCUAAACAACGUAUAAAAGGGUUUAGGACAAACGUCACAGAAGACAUUAGAUGUAAUAUAUCCCAACAGCAAGCAUACAGAGCACGAAAAUGGGCACUGAAGGCAAUUGAAGGUGAUGCUGAAGAGCAAUAUGGAAAGUUGUGGGACUAUGCUGAAGCUUUACAACAGUCUAAUCCUGUGUCAACUGUUUUAAUGCAAUUGGAAGGCGAAUUUUUGAAUGGACGAUGCAGAUUUAGCAAGUAUUACAUAUGUUUGAAAUCGCUUGUACGUGGGUUUCAGUCUGGAUGUCGACCUAUCAUUGGGGUGGAUGAUUGUCACCUAAAAGGUCCUUGCCAAGGCAUUCUUUUGACUGCUAUUGGAAUUGAUCUCAAUAAUGAGUUAUUUCCUUUGGCAUAUGCUGUUGUCGGGAGUGAGACGCGCGAAGCGUGA